CCUCUUUCAGUUACAACAAAUAACUGUAGGUAGCUUCGAAAAUAAUCUGGUAACCUGCAAUAAACAGAUGUAUGUUAAUGUGAUAUUAAUUAGACAGUACAACAGAAGGUUCCUGCGACUUUUAUGACAUCUGAAAAGGAUGAUAUCUAAUCCACUCUGCAAUAUGUAUAUACGACCAAUCAUGCCUGAAGUUGAAGAGACUUUGGGAUCGGUUUCUUGAUUCUGUAGCGGAAUGUCUGCUUGAUGAGUGGGCAUGUUGGUCUAGCCCAAUAGUUAUACGCCGUACAGUAUUGUGUGAUUGUAUAUAAACAUCAUAUGUUUUCUUGUUCUUGGUGUAAAUAAAGUUAAUAUUUAUGUAUUUGUGUCUGGACAAGGAUAGCUGUCUAGUCCUUCGGAUGAGACGAAAAACCGAGGUCCCGUGUAUUGGAAUGCACGUAAAAGAUCCCUUGGCAGUUGGAAUUCGAUAUAAGAGUAGGCGAUAGUGCCGCUGCCCGGGCAAAAUUUCCCUCAUAGCACACUGUAUGGCGUAUGCCCGUCUUCAUUAGCCCAGCAUAGGAGCAGAACAGUAGGACGUUAAACCCCAUUUCAUUUCAUUUCAUUUAUUCGUGUCUGAGGUAAUCUGACGUGGUUACAUAUAUCAGCAGUUAUGGCUGCCGUGGCCAUUAACCUGAUACAAAUCUAUGUUGCAGUUUCAUAUGCGUUACGUCAGAAGUCAAAGAGAACUAAAAGACUGAGUCGGUCUGGCGCAACAAAAAAAAUCCAACACUUAUCUUUUUAAGUCGAGGUUACGAGAUUACCGUCGAGGGUAUAACUGCAUUUUUGAUAACUGCAGUUUAUCUUUGAUAUUAUGUAACACGAUGGUUACUUUCUCAGGUUUAAUCAAAAUCUAACAUACAUUUGUCAUCAUAAUAUUCACAUUUAAUCGCUAACUUGGGGGUCCCGUGAUCGAUCCAAGUGUUGGCCGAGAAAGUUUAUGGGGAUUAUCCCGAGUGGUUCCCCCUUGGCAUUGAAGUGGGAUAGAUGGCCUUGGCAUUGAAGUGGGAUAGAUGGCCUUGUCAUUGAAGCGGGAUAGAUGGCCUUGCGUAUAGUCGUUCGAAUGUUACAAAAUACUGAAGUCCUGUGUACACAUUGGCUGUUUUAAUUCCAGAUAUGACUAGAACAGUAGGACCUUAAACCCCAUUUCAUUUCAUUUAACAAAUUUAAUCAAUAGCUAACUGAUAAUAUUCAUUAUAGUAUUCACAAGUUUAAUCAAUAUGCAACUUAUGAUAUACAUAAGCCACAUUAAUAAGCAUAGUUAUGCUUGUUUUCAUAUGCUACAUACAAUAUUUAUAGUUAUAAACAUUGCAAAUAAAUACUGUUUAAACCAAAAGUUUAAAAAAUAUCUUGAAAAUUACAUUUCAAAUUAAUUAUAUUACCUUAUAAAGAGAAUAACGAAACUUGUUAUUGGCCCACUAUCAUGUGGUGACUUGUAUCCAUUAUGGGUUACACAUUGCAUAAUCUACGUUUACAUGCACGUCAAGGCAAUCAAGGGACCUCGGUUUUUCACCCAACUCACCGUUCCUUGUCGGGCUGUCCGUCAUGCACCACUGAAACGGGGAACCGGGAUGGAAAAUCAGGAGAUGAGCUUUAUGGACCAACGCCGGGAAGGGACCAAAAACCUAGUAACCAACGCUGCAUCAAGCCCCUGUUUCUGUAUUUGCCCUACCAAGCACCACACGCGCCGAUGGAAGUACCUAAGAAGUAUGAAGAUAUGUAUUCAAACAUCAAAGACGUCAACAGACGGAUAUACGCAGGCAUGGUAACAUGUAUGGAUGAAGGUAUACGGAAUGUAACCCACGCCUUUAAACAAGCUGGGUUAUGGGAUAACACCAUCCUGGUCUUUACCACAGACAAUGGUGGAUCUGUAAAGAACCAUGGCAGUAACUGGCCAUUAAGAGGAGGUAAAGGUACCUUGUUUGAAGGUGGUGUUCGGGGAGCAGCUUUUGUUCAUGGUAAUCGUCUAGCUAAGAAAGGUUACGUCAAUCAUGAACUCAUGCACGUUUCUGAUUGGUAUCUUACAUUUGUUAAUUUAGCCAAUGGAAAUUUAGAAGGCACCAAACCAUUGGAUGGAUUCAACCUAUGGAAUACGAUCAGUCAUGGUGCUAAAAGUCCUAGAACAGAACUUCUACAUAAUAUAGAUCCAUUACAAGUUUGGGGAAAAAGAGCGUUCGCUGAUACAUUUGAUAACAGAGUUAGCGCGGCUAUCAGAGCCGGAGACUGGAAGCUUCUUACUGGUCAAUAUGAAGGGCUGCCAGAGUCUAAAGAAUGGGGGAAAAGACCGGAAGGUCAAGGCCAUGGUAUAGUUGGUCGCUCAUCCGGACAGACAAAUAAAGUCGUUCGCGCAUCAUCCGUACAAAAAAGUAUUAUGUUGUACAACAUCAGAGACGACCCAGAAGAGCGACACGACGUUUCAGCACAACAUCCAACAGUGGUCAGGGAUUUACUAGAUCGCCUUAAGUACUAUAACCAAACAAUGGUACCAGUACAUUACCCACCAGGGGAUGUGAAAGCUCUUCCAAAUUUACACGGUGGUGUUUGGACACACUGGUUAUAAAUAUCGAAAGGCAUCUGGCGUGGUGGGAUAAUAUGAGGUUGUGUGGACUUUGGUUAUAAAUAAAAUGUCUAAUAAAUA